AAUUUGAAGAAGCGAGAAAAUGGGUAGCAAACGAUUUAGUAUUUGAUAAAAAUGUGGAUGUGAAUCUCUUUGAGAGCACUAUUCGUAUCCUGGGGGGCUUGCUGAGCACCUACCAUCUCUCCGGAGAUAGCCUCUUCCUGGAAAAAGCUAAAGACAUUGGGAACAGGCUUAUGCCAGCAUUCAAGACCCCCUCCAAGAUACCGUAUUCUGAUGUCAACAUUGGCCGGGGCACUGCACAUCCACCUCGUUGGACAUCUGACAGCACUGUGGCAGAGGUGACCAGUAUUCAGCUGGAGUUUAGGGAGCUCUCUCGUCUCACUGGAGAUGAGAAAUUUCAGAAAGCUGUAGAUGAGGUGAUGAAGCAUGUUCACACCCUCUCAGGGAAAAAUGAUGGACUAGUGCCUAUGUUCAUAAACACCAAUAGUGGGCAGUUCACUCACUUGGGUGUCUAUACUCUGGGAGCCAGAGCUGACAGCUACUAUGAGUAUUUGCUCAAGCAAUGGAUUCAGGGUGGGAAAAAAGAAAAUGAACUGUUGGAAGACUAUAUGAGAGCCAUAGAAGGAGUGAAAAAGCAUCUUCUUCAGAGAUCACAACCCAAGAAGCUUACUUUUGUAGGAGAGCUUGCUCACGGCCAUUUCAGUGCCAAGAUG